CGGGCGGGGCUGUUAUACUCUCUCAGUGCGCUCCACGACGCCGAACUGACCACGUACAACGCGACGUCGAUCCCACGAUCUCCCUCCCUGUUCUCUCUUUCUCUCUUUCCUAUUAAACCGACGAGAUCGGCGUCGUCGGACACGCGAUCGAAAUCUCAGCUCGAGAUCCUCGCGCGAGUUCUAUACUUCAACUUUAUCCAACACUUACGGGCAUUUGGGAAUCAAGAGAACUUUGUUGAGAGUUAACAAGUGUCGGUGAAUAAACUGAAUUUGAUAAGAGAGAAAGUCGUGAUAGAGAGAGGGGGGGGGAGAGAGAGAGAGAGAGAGAGAGAGAGAGAGAGAAUUUGCGGCAGUGUCGUGUUGGGGAUGGAACGAGAUCGCGGAGGUAACGGGAUCGGUUAAUUGGUAAACGAACAACGGCGCGUAACUUGAGAACGAGAGUAUCUUUGAAAAGUGUCAAGGCAAGAGGAUUAAAGGAUAGGAAGAUACGCCAAAAUCAUUAUGAAACAACCGAUUAUGGGCAUCCGUGAUUGAAAUUCCUGUGAAAAGUGAUUAUCGCGCGUGUUUUUUUCUCACCUUUAUUGUCAAGAAGAAGAAGAAGAUAUUUGGAUCAAACCUCUGCUAUUGCGAUUUGUACUCAAAUCUACUCAACAAAUUGUUCCUACCAAAAGAAGACACAUAAGAAGACGAACGCUGGAGCAUUACGUCGAUCGUCACCGUUCAUUGAUCAUUUCCAGCGAUUAGCAGCCAAAGAAGUUUUUUCGAACGCAUAAAAAGGCGAGAGGGAUGAAGGACUGGCCUUGAAGAGCUGGUCGGGCCUGCAAGGCCUACCGGAGGAGAAGAAACGAGAGGAACCGACCACCGGGAGGGUCGUCACCCCUUCCUAAAAAAAGGGGUCGAGGCCUGGCACCAGGUCAAAAGCUCGGUCACGAUAGGUUGCCUGCAAAGCGUCGGUUCUAGGGGGUCGGAGGCGGAGGAGGAGGGUGGUGGCGUCGGGGGCAGCGAGGGAGGCGGCACGACUAUGUGCUGCGUCCUUCAAGGUGCCGAGAGAGUGUUCCCCUCCGUUGGGAACGGGGGGAAACACGGAACGGGAGUGGGAAGCGGCAAGGGCGCCAGUGAUACCCCCGUGGGCGCCCAGGAUCUACCCCUCGAGUCGCUCUGGGCAGCCGGUCUGGACGAGGGGAUGGGGUUUCCGCAGAGAUGUUCCUAUGCGAAUCAACAUACCACUCUCGCCGCGUCUUCUUCUACGAGCCACACAUCUCCCGCGAACCCCGACGAACUCUGGAGAGAGAGAAACUUCCCUCAUAGCGGCUAUAGAAAGGCUCGCUCGCACAGAACGCCUACGACCUCCACGGGAAUCGGUUCCUCUAUUACGGAUGAAAUAUGGACGUCAGCGAACGAGCGGCGAUUCUGCCGUACCUCGACCACCUCGACUGGCAUCGGAUCGUCCCUGAACUUACACGAGAACAAUCGCUCGUUGGAGUCACGCGACGGCGAUUUCUACUCCACGGAUAUCGAGGAUUCGAAGGACACAUCCUAUCGGAGAUUCUAUCCGACCACACCGACCACUUCCGGUUUGGGUUCAUCCUCGGAUCGUCAAUCCGUGGAAACGCAGUGUGGUUCCAGAGAUUUACCGGAUCAUCUCUGGGCAGCCGCGAUGGAAGAUGGUUUCUCGCGCUUCAAUGCCAUGAAAUCGCUGCAGACAAUCACGCGGCAGCCUCGUCCAAAUCACGACUGGGUGAAGACCGAGCGUAUCUCCAGGUUUACCAAACAUCGCACCAUCAGUCAAUCGCCACAACACGAGCAGGAAAUUUGGACGUCCAAGCUGAACGAGAGCGCAGUAGUCUCCGGUUAUGCUACGCAACGGAAUCUUGGCCCACACAAAUGCCACCAUCAAGCACGCAGGAGCUUCUCCACGUCGAUCGUUGCGGAUCUUGCCGUCACACCGGAUGGAUCUCAGCAGAGCCUUGGCAGUGGCGAGUUCUUGGAGCUGGAGAGGAGUUACACUCUCUCAACCCCAGGGGGUAGCAGCCCCGUUUGUUGUCCGCCUUGCAGCCCGCCGCCCGCGCCGGCCGCAUACAUAUCGAGCGCGCGGGCGUCCUCGCGUAGACUCGGCGCCGGAAGUGGCCUCGGCGGUCCCACAUCCCCGGAGAGGGAUCCCCUGGGAAGACUGUUAAGAUUCCUGAAGACCUUCUACAGGGAGUUGGGCACUCGCGAUCCGCCCCAUCUACCACCAUGGGCGUCUCCGCUACCGCUCGGCACCCUCUGUCCGGCGCACUUUCAGCCGCAUCUGCAGCUGGUGCACAAGAGCGAGCAGGAACACCGUCUCGAAAACAUCAAGCCCGACCAGAUCUUCGCUCCCGUCAGGCUGAGCGAUGGUACCGUAUCCGAGGCGCCGCGGCGCGUCGCUAUCGAGGGUGGCCCCGGAAGUGGCCGGACCACUCUUUGUUUGCGACUACUGCAUCAAUGGGCGACACAGAGCGAUGGUCCCGCUUUGGCAUUUAUCGUGCCCUUGCGCGAGCUUCGCGGUAGCCCCGUCCUGAAUUACCUGGCACGAGAAUUGUUCCCAAGAACGGCCGCGUUAGGUGAUGCGAUCGCGCAGGUAUGGCGUACUUUGCACCUGAUGGAGGACCGCGUACUCUUUGUCCUGGACGGUUACGAUGAGUGCGUGGGCGGCCGAGCAUCACUCGGCGAUGCAGCCGAUCUCCUAGAGGGACGAUUGUUCCCGGACGCCAGGAUCCUGGUUACGUGCUCGCCUAGCAACUCAACUGCCCUCGCACCUUUGGUUCAACGCAGAAUUCAUCUAGCCGGCCUCGAGUGGCCGCACGUUGAGCGGCUCUGCGUGGCCUAUUUCAUUCACAACGACAUCGCCGAGAAGGCCUGCGAAUUUCUUGAAGCGCUUAAUGUGCAACCGCAAUCCGUCAGGCAGCUCGGCCAGCAUCCACUCGGUUGGAUCAUGCUCUGCUGCUUGUAUCAGGACUCCGGAAAUCUACCGACCGAGACAAGCGCUCUCGUGCAAGCUGCGGUGAAGUGCAUCGUGAAAAGGAGCUUAGACCCGCCGAUUCCCUAUAACGAGGAAAUUCCAGGCCAUUGUAGGAAGCGUCUCGAGGACUUCGGCAAGGUGUCCCUGGCUGCCCUAAGGGAGGGCAGAUGCUGUUACACGGAAGCUGAGCUAAGGGCACGAGGUGGAGGCAUUGAGGUCACUCGACUCGGUUUCCUCACGAGGGGACUGACCUUCGGUCAAAGACGCAAACCAGAUCUUUACACGCCUAUUCAUAUGGCAGUGGCGGAAUUCUUGGCGGCGUAUUAUCUUACUUCGGUGGCGCAAUAUGCCAACAUCCUGCGCCGUGAAUUGGAGGGCCUACCCUCGGGCAUCAUCGGUCAUUUAGCCGGCUUGCUAGGUCCUAAGACCCACUUGAUUCUGAAUCAAUUAUGUCCGCUGGAAGUGCCACCCAGAGCUGUGUUCUCGUUGCUAAAGGCAGCUGGCGCGUCCGAUGGCAACAUCUCAGCGGUUUGCCGAUUGGUCGGCGCGGGCCCUGGAUUCGGGCCCGCGCCCAACGAACGACCUCCGGCCCCAUUGGUGCACACGUCCCCUCUAGAGCUAGAAGGAUGGGCCAGGAUCCUCGAGAGUCCCGCUUGCACGCUUGAGGCGCUCGAAGUGGUGUUCCAAGUGGAACGUGGAUCCGAUCCAAGAUAUCUGGACGAUUUCUUCGAUGCACUCGCCGGCAACGAGAGCGUCAAACUCGUCAGGAUCACGUCUCUGCUGGGACAGGAAUUCCCUGCAGAUGAAGCGCAGCGAUUGGCCGGACAUUUAAAGAGUGUGCUUGGCAAAAAGAAGCUCAACGAUUUCGAACUUGUCAUCACUUGUCUCGAGGAGGCGGCCCAUGAUAGACUGGAGUGCGUGGUGAAUGCUCUUUGUCGCGGCCUAAGUCACGCCUCUGGUAGUCUGUCGCGUUUGGUGCUCGACAUGAAUCUGUCCGGUGAGCAAGUGUCCCGGGUCUGCGAGGCACUUCGCGACUGCAUUCAAGUGCAGGCGUUGCACUUGCCCCAUUUAGGCUGCGGAUGUGAGGGUCUGGCAUCGGUCGCUGAGUUGCUGAAGGAACGGCCGCUGCUGGCACUCAACCUGGCUGGCAGCUGGGGCGCCAAGAAUGAGGAUCCGUCUAGCUCUGGCAUCAGUAUGGGUUCAGGUUCAGGUUCUGGAUCUGGCAGCAGCGGCUGCGCCUCCAGCACCCUCGGCACUUUACCGCUGAAUCGCUGCUACUCGUCCUUACCCAGAGGAGCGUUAACGGCUUAUGGAAGCUUGACACGACCCGCCACUCUGCCGCGUCUUCCACUGGGCCUAGGCUUGGGCCCGGCACCUAAUAACAGCAACGGACCUCUGCCUCAAAAUGAUCGGGAUCGAGAUAGCAAUGGAAGUAGCAAAAGAAAUAGCGACAGCGUACUCUGUCAUCGACUGCCUUUGUUGCAUCCCUUACCCACGUGUGACGUCGCCAGCCAUCAGGGCACUGGCUUCCACGAGAUAUUUAAUGCUAUCAGGGAACCCAACUGCAAAUUGAGAUCUCUGAACGUGUCCAAAUGUCUUCUGGGCGGUUUAGAUGCCGGCUGUUUAGGCGAGACCGUAAGAAAGGCCCGCAAUUUGGAUGCUUUGAGGGCCGCUGGAGCGUCGAGACCAGCCGACGUAAUGCCCCUGGUGUUGGCUUUGACAGAAGCACCCUGUUUACAAUUACUAGACUUGUCUAGUCCCCGACUGGCCCUAGAUGAUCAUCCUUCAAGGCUGUUAUGUCACGCUCUGGCAAGGAAUACGACCCUUAAGCUGCUCAGUCUGGAAGGCUGGACUUUCCGGAUAGAGGAAUCCGACAGUCUAGCAGUAUUCUCUGAACUGCUGAGAUACACAAGCGUACGCGAGCUGAGCUUAUGCAACGCACGCUUGCAUUUAGCAGUGCAUGAAGGUCCUUUGGCGAGAUUGGGACGUCGCGACGACGCCGGCGCCGAGCUUCUGCGAGCCGCACCACCUCCGGCCUGUCCCGCGAUCGUCUUUCUGAGGCUAGCUGGAUUUCAAGUGACAGUGAACGAUCGCCUGGCAUUGCGCGGGCCGUUGCUACUGCCGUUCCUGGCGGGUUUCACAUCGCUGAGUGAGCUUGACCUGUCGCUAGAUAAAUCAACAAUCGGCGGCAGCAGUGGCUCGUUGCUUUUCAUCGACGACAAGAUCCUACAGCAGUUCUUCUGUUGCCUGGCGGCGCACUUCCGCAGUCUGCAGUCACUCCGGAUCAAUUUCUGGCGGGUCACCCUGGAAGACAGCGAUCGCACAAUGCGACAGAUUGCCAAGCAUCUCAAGCUAUGCGGCUUAAGCUUCCUCAGGGCGAACGGCCUAAUCGUCACCGACAGCGCCAAGCGUGUGCAAAUGGAACACGUGUUCGUGCAGACGAUCCUCACACACCUGCAGUGUCUCACCUGGCUGUGCCUGGACGGCGUCGAGUUGACCGAGACGCAAGCUACCAGCGUAGGCAAGUGUGUGCGGGAUCGUUAUCCUGGCACCACCCUGGAAAUCAGCGCCAAGGAUAUCCACGUAAGAUCCGUCAAGGCCCUGGUGACUGCAGCCGAGGAGGGUGGCAGAACAGAAGUGGUUUACACCGGUGGUUCCAGCUGCCGCCUGAAGAUCACGAAGCUCCAGAAGGGCGGCCGAGGCAAGAAGAAAUGAAGGGCUCGCCGAUGAUAAUUCGGAGGAAGUUAUCCUGGCACACAGUUUACUGCGAGGUAAAAGGGGAACGAAGAGAGUCGAUUGAACGAGAUCGAUUGAUCUCUUCGUGGAUGCGACUGUGGAACUAGGAAAGUUCUGGAGAUUGGAGGGAGAGAAGGCAACGGGAUUAAAUCAACAGAUCGUGUUGGAGAAGCGAUGCGGAGAAGUUCGAAGUAUCGAAAAAGGGAUUAGAUAAGAUGGAGAUAUAAUGUAGAUUUUCUAAGAGCGCGACGGAUAUCAAAGAGAGAUAAUACGUUGAGAGCGAACAUCGACGUCGACUUCAACUGCAGCGUGUGAGUCGCACGUUGAAUGAAAAAGAGGCUGAAGAUGUAGUGGAGCACGAAAAAGGAAAAUGCGGGUUAACUUUGCGGAUUUUCGUCUUACUGUGAUUUCGUUUCCUGCGCGUCAGGCGCGCUUAUCUAUGAUAUAGACUCUAUAGAUUAUAGCGAUUUAUUAGACCUCGAGAACGAUUCGAAGGCAAUGGGAGAUGCACUACGCUUUCACUCACCUAACCGUUCAAGAAAUUAAUGAGAUACUAAAAAAAGCGCAAAUACGCAACCAAUAUGGUCUAGGAAAUCAUUUUCGCUGUUACAUCAUUUUAACAUGAUUUUGGCAUCAUUUUUUAUCAUAAUCGCGCGAAUAAAAAUGAUGUCAAAACCAAA